AGUUCUGACACAAUGAGGCGAAUCCCACCUGGAAUUUUGCUCAUAAGAAGAAUUAGAGGUAGGGAUUGGACCCUUGCUACCUAUAGAUAUGUGGUUUUGUUGGUUACAUUCAUUGCAUAUGCUUGCUAUCAUGCUUCUCGAAAACCCACUAGCAUAGUUAAGAGCGUGUUGUGUCCUUACCCCAAUAGGCCCCCCGGGCGGUACCCUUGGCCGAUUGGCAAUGUGUUUAUGAAGGAGAACUUUAUGGAUAAUGACAAAACUACAUCGAGAAAAAUGGGUUGGCCUCCAUUUAAUGGACCAGAUGGGACGUCGAAAUUAGGGGAGAUUGAUGUUGCAUUUCUAGCAUGUUACUCUUUGGGAAUGUAUGUUGCCGGGCAUUUGGGAGAUACUUUGGACCUCCGGCUGUUUUUAACAACUGGGAUGAUUGGGAGUGGAAUUUUUAUUGGGUUAUUUGGGAUGGGAUAUUUUUGGAAUGUGCAUGUCUUUUGGUUUUUCCUUGUAAUGCAAAUGGUUGCCGGAUUGUUUCAGGCAACAGGUUGGCCUUCGGUUGUUGCUGUUAUUGGUGGUUGGUUUGGGAAGCGAAAGAGGGGUUUGAUAAUGGGUAUUUGGAAUGCCCAUACUUCUGUUGGGAAUAUUAGUGGGUCUCUUCUUGCUGCUGCCGUCUUGGAAUAUGGGUGGGGCUGGUCUUUUAUAGUUCCAGGUGCAUUUAUUGUAAUGGGAGGGUUAAUGGUUUACUUGUUCUUGCCUGCUUACCCUGAGGAUGUUGGAUUUACCAGCCCACGUGGUUCAGCUUCGAAUUUAGAGGUAGUUCCUAAUGACCAAGAAGCUCGUAUAAGAAAAGAAGAUGUGGAGGCAGGGGAAAUUAAUGUUGUGUCCGAGCAUGGGUCAGUGAAUAGGAGAAGCGUCGGGCUACUUGAAGCUUGUUUGAUACCAGGAGUGAUACCAUUUGCAUUGUGCCUUUUCUUCGCGAAGCUUGUGGCCUACACGUUUCUGUACUGGUUACCAUUUUAUCUAAGUCAUACAGAAAUUGGUGGAGAGUAUGUUUCUGUGAAAUCUGCUGGAAAUCUCUCUACCUUGUUUGAUGUAGGGGGUAUUGUUGGUGGAAUCCUUGCUGGCUAUGUAUCCGAUAAACUUAAUGCAUGGGCUACUACAGCUGCCUGCUUCAUGUAUGCUGCAAUUCCUUCAAUGCUAUUAUAUCGCACAUAUGGAUAUAUCUCACAGACCGUCAACAUUGUACUUAUGAUGAUUGCUGGCUUGUUUAUAAAUGGGCCCUAUGCACUCAUUACUACUGCAGUUUCCGCAGACCUAGGCACACACAGUUCUCUUAGAGGGGAUUCUCGAGCGCUGGCAACAGUGACUGCCAUAAUUGAUGGUACUGGAUCAGUUGGUGCGGCUCUUGGCCCUCUUCUUACUGGUUUUAUAUCCACAAAGGGAUGGGAUGCAGUUUUUGUGAUGCUGAUGAUUGGUGCUCUUGUUGUCGGGCUUCUUUUGUCACGUUUGAUCAUAGCUGAAAUUGCUGAGAAAACUUGCAAACCAAUGCCUCAAUCCAGCAACCAGCGAAGUCUUGGAGAUUUUGUUUACAAAGUUAUCAAACUUGGCAAUAUUGAAGUGCUUCUUGCCAAGCUCUAUUGA